GGCUGCCAUAAUCCUCAAAAAUAUAAACUUUUUGUAGCUUUAGCGAGAAAACUGUUCACACUUUAACCAUUUUUUAGCUGAUUAUGUGCUUAAAGUUGCAGUCUUUGUGCAGUUACUGUGUGUGUAUUUAUAUUUUUUCACUGAGUUCUAUCUAACGUUCACCGAUGAGUUCGGGGUCUGAUACUAGUUACUCAAAGAUGAUGUCAGGUGUAGCGAUUCGAUCGAUGUUCCAAAACUCUGAUUACGGCGAAGAUUUGAGUAUGCUGAUUCGCCAGCAGAGGCGGCAGCAGCAUCAAGAAGCAAGUGAGCGCGAGAGGGAGCUUAACAUGUACAGAAGUGGGUCGGCGCCUCCCACCGUCGAGGGCUCGCUUUCUGCUGUUGGUGCCCUGUUUGACACUUCGACGAUGGUAUCAGGUUUCGGCAAAGGUGGCGGCGGAGGAAGGGGUUUCACGAGCGAAGAGGAGCUUCGUGCUGAUCCAGCGUAUGCAAAUUAUUACUAUUCGAAUGCGAAUCCAAACCCACGCUUGCCGCCGCCGUUGGUGUCGAAAGAGGACUGGCGUUUCACUCAACGUUUAAGUGGCGGGAUUGGAGACAGGAGGAAUGGAGACAGCUCGCUUUUUACGGUGCAGCCUCCGGGUUUUGAUGGGAAGGACGAGAAUGUUGUGAAUAAAAGAAAGAGUGCGGCGGAGUGGGGCGGCAAUGGGUUGAUCGGGAUGCCGCCGAUGGGACUUGGGAGCAGGCAGAGGAGCAUUACAGAGUUAAUUCAACAGGAUGAGAUAAAUAGUUCAUCAUCUCUAUCUAAUCAUCGCCAGCCUAGCUAUAACGUAUUUGAUGACAGUGCUGAUAACCCAGAAACCCAUUUUGCUCAGCUGCACCAAGAUUUGGCGGCUGCAGAUGCUUUGCGUUCUGGUGGGACCACACUGGGCAUAUCUGGUGCCCAAAAUCUUGGUGGAUCAGCUUCUCAAACAUACGCUUCUGCAUUGGGAGCUUCCUUGUCAAGGAGCACUACACCUGACUCUCAACUUCUAGCUAGAGCUCCUAGUCCUUGUCUUCCACCCAUUGGGGAUGGGAGGUCUAACUGUAAUGAUAAAAAAUCUUCCAGUGGUCAAAACUCAUUUAAUGCUGUAUCAUCCAGUUUAAACGAGCCUGCAGAUCUGGUGUCUGCUUUGGCUGGCAUGAAUCUGUCCUCGAAUGGCAUAGCAAAUGACGAGAAACAUUCCAGUGGGCGUAAUGAAUCUGAGCACUCUCAUACUAUCAAUUAUCAUGCAUUCCUCAACAAGCCAGAACCCCUUCCUUAUCAGCUUCACUCUGCUCCCCAGUUGACAAAAGCAUCUCACUUGAAAGUGAAUAAUAGCAGUGGUUUCAGAGUGGAUCUAAAUAACUCUUUAGCAAACGCAAGUGAGCAGUUAGAGCUCCAUAACUCUGCUGGGAUUUCUGUUAACUCAGGUUUAAAAGGACCUGCUACACCAACUUUUACUGGUAGAGGGAACUCACUUGUUCAUCAUCAAAAUUUGGAUGGUAGGACUAUCUCAUACCAAAACUAUGGGUUGAAUGGGUAUGCUGUGAAUACUUCUUCACCACCAAUGAUGGCGAGUCAGCUUGGUAGUGGUAAUUUGCCCCCUUUCUUUGAAAAUGCUGCUGCUGCUGCACUAGGAGCAAAUAGCAUGGACUCCGGAGCCUUGGGAGGAGGUGUAGCUUUAGGACCAAAUUUAUUAUCAGCAUCAGAAUUACAAAAUGCAAGCAGGAUGGGAAAUAAUGCUUCAGGUAGCUCUUAUCAGGCCCCCUUAGUGGAUCCUUUAUAUCUUCAAUAUUUAUUAUCAGGUGAAGUUGCAGCUGCACAGGUUGCAGCCCUUAAUGACCAAGCAAUAAAUAAGGAAUGCUCAAAUAAUUCAUUUACAGAUUUGCUUGGCCUCCAAAAGGCUUACGUGGAGUCACUGAUUGCUCCUCAAAAGUCGCAGUUUGCUGUUCCAUACCUUAACAAGUCUCCUAGCCUGAACCACACUUAUUUUGGAAAUCCAACAUAUGGUGUGGGAGUGUCUUAUCCAGGGAGCCCAUUGGCUGGCUCCUUCUAUCCAAACUCGCCCCUUGGACCAGGUAGUCCUAUGAGGCAAAGUGAGCGGAAUAUGCGUUUGUCUGGAAUGAGGAAUGUGACUGGUGGUUUCAUGGGAGCUUGGCAUUCCGAUUCUGUUGGCAACUUGGAUGAGAAUUUUGCACCAUCCUUGUUGGACGAAUUUAAAAGUAAUAAAACCAAAUGUUUUGAACUUUCAGAAAUUGCUGGCCAUGUUGUUGAGUUCAGUGCUGAUCAAUAUGGAAGCCGAUUUAUCCAACAGAAACUUGAGACCGCCACAAUGGAAGAGAAAAACAUGGUGUUCAAUGAAAUCAUGCCACAAGCUCUUUCUCUAAUGACCGAUGUUUUUGGUAAUUAUGUAAUUCAGAAGUUUUUUGAGCAUGGAACAUCAGCACAAAUAAGAGAACUGGCUGAGCAGCUUACUGGUCAUGUUCUGACCCUAAGUCUUCAAAUGUAUGGCUGCCGAGUUAUCCAGAAGGCUAUAGAAGUUGUUAACCUGGAUCAACAGACUAAAAUGGUAACAGAGCUGGAUGGUCAUAUCAUGCGCUGCGUACGUGAUCAAAAUGGAAAUCAUGUAAUCCAGAAGUGUAUUGAAUGUGUACCUGAAGAUGCUAUCCACUUUAUAGUUUCUACAUUUUAUGACCAAGUUGUGACAUUGUCAACUCAUCCAUAUGGCUGCCGUGUGAUACAGAGAGUCUUGGAGCAUUGCCAUGAUCCCAAAACGCAGCAGAUAAUGAUGGAUGAGAUUCUGCAGUCUGUUUGCUUGUUAGCACAGGACCAAUAUGGGAAUUAUGUCGUACAGCACGUGCUGGAGCAUGGGAAGCCACAUGAACGUUCAGCUAUUGUGAAGCAAUUAACUGGGCAAAUUGUGCAGAUGAGCCAGCAGAAGUUUGCCUCUAAUGUUAUAGAGAAGUGUCUAACUUUUGGAACGCCAACAGAACGCCAGACCCUAGUGAAUGAGAUGCUUGGUUCCACUGAUGAAAAUGAGCCCUUACAGGUGAUGAUGAAAGAUCAGUUUGCGAACUAUGUUGUACAGAAGGUGCUGGAAACUUGUGAUGACCAGCAGCUUGAGCUCAUCCUUAAUCGAAUAAAGGUUCACCUGAAUGCGUUAAAGAAGUAUACUUAUGGGAAGCACAUAGUUGCACGUGUAGAGAAACUGGUUGCUGCUGGAGAAAGGAGGAUUAGUCUGACUCUUCAUCCUGCACAGGUCGUAUAGGAAGUAAAAUUAUUGUAUGGCUAACUGAGUAUAAUACAAGCUCCUUCUCUUGUUAAUUUUCGCAUCUGGCGGCUUCCAUCUGUCAGUUUGGUUCUGACUGGUGGGAGCUGAUCGAGAAUAAGGAAUCAUGGGGUGUACUCAAAACUGUAUAUUUGCUAGUUUGAGGGUAUAUAUUUAUGUCUAGAAUGAGAAUCACGUUAGCUGACGCCGGGGCUGUGAAUGAUGACGCCUGAUGCCCAAGAAGAGAUAAAUUUGUUCCCUAGCUUUUUAUCAGGUUGUAAAGGUAGGUGGUUUUUUCCUUCACGAUUGUGACUGUAAAAAGAAUGUUCUACUAAGUUGCGAGAUCCCUUGUGUUUGAGACCCACAAUUUUUUGUGGUGCAUGAGAUUUCCAUUUUGCCCUUCAGUUAAUCUACUUUUCCUUCUC